AACCACAGUUCUCUACUCUCCCAAGAGCAGAAAAUGAACAUACCUCAGGCAUCAGUGUCAUUCAAGGAUGUGACUGUGGAGUUCACCCAGGAGGAGUGGUGGCAGAUGGACUCUGCUCAGAGGACCCUGUACAGAGAUGUGAUGUUGGAGAACUAUAGCCACCUCGUCUCAGUGGGGUACUGCUUUACAAAACCAGAACUGAUCUUCAUGUUGGAACAAGGAGAAGACCCAUGGCUAUUAGAGAAAGAAUUUGUAAACAGAAGUUCCCCAGAAGAAUCCCAACCUGAUGAACUCUUACAGGAGAGCCUAGAAAACCAAGGCAAACAUUUGAGGCAAGUUUUAUUCGUCAACAAAUCAUUGACUACAGAGCAAGAAAUUUCAAGAAAACUAUGUACUCUGGACAUAAACAUUUUCCCUGCAGAAACAAUGCCUUGUAAAUUUGACACUACGGGGUCUACUUACUUGCUUCUUAGCUCAUUGACCCCACACUGUCAAUAUUCAAGAAAGAAGGCUUAUGAGCUUAAUGUAUGUGAGAAUUGGCUCCUCAGUAUUAAGGAUCGCAGGACUAAUACUGGAGAGAAAUCUUUUGUUUAUAGUAAAAGUGUGAAAGCCUUUGGACAUAAAGACAAAGUUAUUCCCCAUCAGACAAUUCAGACUUUACAGCAAACUUUUGAAUAUAAUGAAUGUGGAAGAGAUUUUCUUGAAAAGACUGCCCUUGUUACAUCUAAGGCUACCCACUCAAAAGUGAAAUCUUAUAAAUUCAAUAAAUUUGGGGAAAACCAAUAUGAUAAAUCAACCUUGAUAAUCUCUCAGAGCAAUCAUCCAGAGGAGAAGAGUCACUAUGAGUUUAAUAGAUAUGAAUAUACUAUGGAUAAAAACAGAAAUAAUUUCAGUAGGAUCACUCAAAGAACUGACACAGAAGGGAAAUCUUUCAGCCAAAAAUUACACAUUAGAGAACAGCAAAAAAUUAAUAUAGGGGUGAAACCCUUUGAAUAUGGAAAGAAUUUCAGCCAUAAUUCAACCCUCCAAGUGCAUCAGAGAAUUCACACAACAGACCAGUCCUCUGACUGUAGCACAUGUACAGAAUCAUUGGCUUACCAGUCAACUUCCAAUGUACAUAAGAGAACUCAAAUAACAGUGAAACCCUAUGAGUGUAAUGAAUGUGGAAAAUCCUGCACUAUGACUUCAUGCCUGAUUCAGCCUCAGAAAAGUCACACAGAGGAGAAACCCUAUGAAUGUCAUGAAUGUGGGAAAGCUUUCAGUGAGAAGUCACGCCUAAGAAAACAUCAGAGAACUCACACAGGAGAGAAACCCUAUAAAUGUGAUGGAUGUGAGAAAGCUUUCAGUGCAAAGUCAGGCCUAAGAAUACAUCAGAGAAUUCACACAGGAGAGAAACCUUUUGAAUGUAAUGAAUGUGGGAAAUCUUUCAACUAUAAAUCAAUCCUCAUAGUACAUCAGAGAACUCACACGGGGGAGAAACCCUUUGAAUGUAAUGAAUGUGGAAAAUCUUUCAGCCAUAUGUCAGGCCUAAGGAAUCAUCGGAGAACUCACACAGGAGAAAGACCAUAUAAAUGUGAUGAAUGUGGGAAAGCUUUCAAACUGAAGUCAGGUCUAAGAAAACAUCAUAGAACUCAUACAGGGGAGAAGCCCUAUAAAUGUAAUCAAUGUGGGAAAGCAUUCGGUCAGAAAUCACAACUCAGAGGACAUCAUAGAAUUCACACAGGGGAGAAACCCUAUACAUGUAAUCAUUGUGGGGAAUCUUUUAGCCAGAAAUCAAACCUCAGAGUACAUCACAGAACUCACACUGGGGAGAAACCCUAUAAAUGUGAUGAGUGUGGAAAAACUUUCAGGCAGAAAUCAAAUCUCAGAGGACAUCAGAGAACUCACACAGGGGAGAAACCCUAUGAAUGUAGUGAAUGUGCCAAAGCUUUCAGUGAGAAGUCGGUCCUAAGAAAACAUCAGAGAACUCACACAGGAGAGAAACCCUAUAAUUGUAAUCACUGCGGAGAAGCUUUCAGCCAGAAAUCAAACCUCAGAGUACAUCAGAGAACUCACACUGGGGAGAAACCCUAUAAAUGUGAUAAAUGUGGGAAAACUUUCAGCCAGAAAUCAAGCCUUAGAGAACAUCAGAAAGCCCACACAGGGAACUAAACAUAUAAAUGUAAUGAAUAUGGAAAAGCUCUGAGCUGGAAAUCAAAAUUGAGCACCCACAAAGUACGCCAGAGAACUCAUUAUGAAGUAAAACCCUAUAAAUGUAAUGAAUGUGGGAAAUCCUUCUGUCAAAAAGGACAUCUCAUUCAACAUCAGAGAACUCACACAGGAGAGAAACCAUUUGAAUGUAAUGAAUGUGGAAAAACUUUCUCCCAGAAGUCACACCUCAAUACACAUCAGAGAAUUCACACAGCAGAGAAACCCUAUAAAUGUAAUGACUGUGGGAAAACAUUUGUCCAGAAGUCAACCCUCAGGGGACAUCAGAGAAUUCACACAGGAGAGAAACCCUAUGAAUGUUGUGAUUGUGGGAAAACUUUUGUUCAAAAGUCAACCCUUAGAGAUCAUCACAGAAUUCACACAGGGGAGAAAUCCUUUCAAUGUAACGAAUGUGGGAAAACUUUUGGCCAGAAGUCAAACCUCAGAAUACAUCAGAGAACUCACAGUGGUGAGAAAACUUAUCACUGUAAAGAAUGUGAAAAAUCCUUCUGGCGAAAAGACCAUCUCAUUCAACAUCAGAAAACACACACAGGAGAGAAACCAUUUAAAUGUAGUGAGUGUGGGAAAACUUUCGCCCGGACGUCAACCCUCAGAGUUCAUCAGAGAAUUCACACUGGGGAGAAACCAUUUAAAUGUAAUGAAUGUGGGAAAAAAUUUGUCCGGAAGGCAAUCCUUAGUGAUCAUCAGAGAAUUCAUACAGGGGAGAAACCCUUUCAGUGUAAUAAAUGUGGGAAAACUUUUGGCCAGAAAUCAAACCUUAGAAUACAUCAGAGAGCUCACAGUGGGGAGAAAUCUUAUGAAUGUAAUGAAUAUGGAAAAUUGCCUAAGAAGUCAACCCUAAAUGUAUACCAGAGAAUUCAGGGAGGGGGAGAACCAUAUUGAUAUAAUAACUGUGGAAAAUUCUUCUGACUAAGAGACCAACCUGUUUGACAUCAGAAAAUUCACAAAGGAGAAAAACCAUGUAAGUAUGAAUAUAGGAAGAAAUUUGCCCAAAAGGCAACUCCGAGAGUGUAUCAGAGAAUUCACAUAGGAUUUCUUUCAAGGUGCUCUGGAAACCCUGUUGGAUGGAGCCAUGCCUUGUUAGAUAACUCAUAUCACAUGUGCUGGUAAUCUUCUCAUUAGUAAGAAUUUCAUAGCUAAACUAAAUUUCCCUAUCUCCCUUUCAUCUAAGUGGGGCUUUGUGACUGGCUAGUAGACUGAGAAUGCUCAUGUUGUAUGCCACACCUAGUUCUGACUUCCCUGGUCCCAGCAGUAUCUCAGUCAUACAUGGAAUAGUAGCAACUAUCCCUUAGAGAGGAAAUGUAUCCCACACUUUGCUGCCUGAAGCAAAGCUGCUGGCUCAGUAGGACCCUCAACUCAUAGGUACUCUAAUUGGGCCUGAUUCACUGAUGGUUUUGCUACUUGAAACCACUUGGACACUGUGACUCUUCAACUUCAGUGUCAUUAUGCAGACCACAAAACUAAUGUGGCUGCUCCUGUCACUGGGCAGAACACAAAGAUGUUCUCAACUCUAGCCAGUAUUCCGUCUGAUGAAACUUGGUGUAUUUUCAUUGACUCUUGGGUUCUUACUGUACCUAGCUAUCUGACAUGCCUGUUGUAAAACUAUAGGCUUAUAAAAGCACCCCUGUUUGGCACUGUGAACUGUGGGGGGAAAAUGACAGCUGCUGAGCACAACAUCUGGGUUGUUCAACUAGAUUCACAUGGUAAGAGACUAUUCUCUGAUAAGACUGACUGGAAUCAAGUUGCUAAUCAAGCCCCCACUACCCUGAUUGCCAGCAUUGCUACCUGAAUCCAUAUCAUACUGAUGGCAAAACAUUUACCAUCUUACCCUGGAUACAAAAUAAAGGUCUGCGUAUAUAUCCAGUGUUUCCUUUGAUGUCAUUUGAUACAAGAAUGUAGUUUUUUUCUUCUGGAUUAGUAGCCAGUGUUCCAUAUACCAUUUGAUUAAUUCCUUUCCUACUGAUUUUAAAUAUCUUCAUACACUAACUUGUCAUUUGUAAACAGUGCAUAUGACUGACUACUCAUGACCAUAUUAAUAACAGAUUCUCCUUUUAUGAACAGGGAUGGCACAUACCUCAUAUGAGCCAAAAUACCCUGUCUUUCUGGCCUGAUACUGAAUGUUUCACUGAAGGGUAUUUGAAUCAAGUUUAGAAAAGGAGAAUACCUCCUAGGACUUUGGAAAUGAAACAUCACAGACAAGUUACAUUGUUACUCCAGAGCUGCCAGCAUCAUUGUGAAGAAGAUUCAACUGUGAUAAGAGAAAAUUAUGUCCAAUUAGUACUAUAUUCCCUGAAAAUCAAGAGAUUACUGUUUACUUUUUUUAUAAUUGUUAGUAAUAUAAAGAACGUCAUUCUUUCAUAAAAUUUCUCUGUUUCUUAAGAUAUGUAGAAUCAUCAUCCCCUUUCAUAUAUCAUCUUUUAGGAUUAUGAUUGGAUUUGCUAUUAAGUGCAGGACCAUCUACCUUCCAAGAUGGAACCAAUUUACCCAAGUGGCCUGAAUGAGAGGCCAGGUGACAAAGUCCCCUGAUGGCACUCAGGCUGUAUCUGCUGUCUCCUUGGUGGGGAAUCCUCUCCAGAUAAUACAUUAUCAACUGGAGACCAUGGUCUAUGCUGUAGUCACGAACACUCCAUUCUCCCUGCCUGGUUUAUCUCCUUUCCGAGUAUUAACUUUUAUUCCAACAGAUGGGUGCCUUAUCUAGAGACACUGGCAGAGUCAAUUUUCUGUCUGCCUGCCUACUAAGGGUCUUCGAGCUAGUAAAAGAAGCCUCCAUGAUGCAGGAAUUUUUAUCUGUUUUGUUCAUAACAUGUCCCUCUACAUAUUGAGCAUUAAAAAAUUAUGAAGAGUCCCUCUACAUAUUGGGCACUAAAAAAUACUUGUAGAAGGUAGAAUUAUCAAAGUGAUAUCUGAAAAUUUUUCCUUUGGAUGCUUCAAAUUAUAUUUUGAGAUUAUUCAUUUAUUAUAAAUAGUUAAGGAAAUUAUUGCUCUAAGCUCCCACUCAGACUCUUCUUUUUGGAUAUUUUCUAAAAUUGCUAAGAGAAAACUAAUUCUUAAUAUUCAGAAGUGUUC